GUUUAUUUUGCAUUUCCAAGAGAUCUGGUUGGUGUAAUCAUGUCUCCUCUCAUUACAGUAGCACUGGUGUUCCUCCUCACGUCUGAAGUUAUUGUGCAAGGAGAUCAAGCUUUGAAUCUGCGAUGCCAGUGUAUUCAGAAGGAGUCAAAACGUAUUGGCCGCUACUUGGGAAAGGUGGAGGUGCAUCCGGCCAACUCUCACUGCAGAGAAACAGAGAUUGUCGCCACUCUUAAAAAGGAUGGACAGAAAGUUUGCCUUGACCCCAGUGCCCAGUGGGUCAAAAGAAUCUUGCGUAGAAACCAGAAGCGUAAAAACGUAAAAACCGUAAUAAAGGGAUAGAGUGGAAUCCGUGAACUACAGUGAUCAGAGUCUUAUCUACAUUUACCAGAUUUUGUAAUGUGAAUUGUACAUAGCCUACUAAAUAAAUAAAGUGCAUAUAUAUCAUUUUAAUAAGCAAUGUGAUUUCU